UGUCAGAUUGAAGAAUAAAGCAUAGGGCUCAUAGUGAUUAAAUUUUGAUUAAAAGUGCUUUAUGUAAGCUUUUGAGGAAAAAACUAAAUGAAUUAAAAUAAGUCUAAUCUGAAGUACUUAAACUGAAAUAAAAAGUAGAAAUAUAAAACAAAAACCUAAUAAAAUGACAAAAGCACAUAACAAAACAAAUACCUGAACUAAAAUUAAAAUAAAAACUAAUAAUAAAAAAAAAUUAUUCAAAUUCAAAACAAUAAGUACUACAAUAGAAUGGAAUUAGAAAUGUUGCCCUGGAAAUUAUAUGAAUGAAAAUGAGUUAGAGUUUAAAUAAAUACCUAAACUAAAAUUGAAAUAAAUAAAAAAUGCUAAAUAGAAAAAAAAAGAAAUGACAAAAUCAGAUAACAAAAUAAUUAAAAGUUAAAAUAAAAUGAAAAUAAAAAUAAUGAAAAGGCUAAUACAAAACAUUAAUAAAUAAAGUAAUAGUAUAUAAAAAUACUGAAAUAACACUGGUGGUAAGUGUUAUUAUAAAACUGAAAAUUAAACAGUUUGCCUUGGCAACUAAUUGAAGUAAAAUAAGUUGAAGUAUUAAAAUGACUAAAACUAAAAUUAAAAUGAAAGCUAAAUAGAAAUACAAAAUAACAAAUAGAAAUGACAAAAGCACAUAACCAUAACAAUGGCUAAAAUUAAAAUGAAUGAUGUAUAAAUGAAAGCUUAUUCAAAAUAUUAAUAAUUAUACUGAUAUUAUAUAUUUACUUAUACUGUAGUGCAUAAAUAAUUCUAAAACAACACUGGAAGUAAUUGUCAUUAUCACCAUAAAUCUUUGUUAUAUAUAUUUUUGGAAAAUUUCCAUCUGAAGACUUUGAAAGAAUGAUUAUACAAUUGAUUGUUUAUGCAGCAUUAUCUGAAAGUGCUAUAUCUGUUGUAUAUCUACUGUGCCCGUUUUAGCCUUAGUCAAAAGUAAUGACCUACCUUUGUAACUCCUUUAAUCUUAAUUACUAUGAAAUUGCCUUGUGAUACAAGAGUAUACUCUCUUAAAGUUCCUUGGCCUUUCUCUCUCCUCAUAUUACAUCCCUGAGCCUCUGGCCUCUCACUCCAGCACACAGUCAGCUGGCACAUGACGGGACGAUGUCGCUGAAACAUGAAGCUGUGGCUUUUGAGGAUCCAAUUGAAUCUCAAAGACUGGGAGGGGGAGCGGAUCAAAAAGUGACAAAUGCUGAGAGAGAAGGACAGAGAAAUAAUUUGCUCACACUCAUGCACAAUUCUAUUUUCACAGAUAGUGACAGGAUUAAAUGGAUGCAACUGCUUUGUGACACUUUACGCUCUGAAUGUCUCCGUCAGCUCCUAAAGGAACUCAAAUGCAGUCUUACAAAGACAACAAAAUGACUUUGUCCGUGCUACCUUGAGGCAAUGGAACUUAGGAUGGGCAAGUUGGGAAUUGUAGUGAUUUUGCUUGUACUGGAACAACUAUCAGCCAUUGCUGGAGAGAGCAAAAAAGAGGACCAGAAGGAGGCGAUUUUAAAAGGGCUUGUUGAGAUAUGGAGGAAGGGUGGAGGAUGGAACCCACACAGAGUACAACCACCAGCAGAAAGACAGAAAGAUCAACAAAUUCAUUCCAUAGUGAGGAGCAUCAUGGGAGGCCUCAAAUCUCUAGGUGUCCUGCCAAUGAAAAGCAAGAGUCUCCCGUCUUUAAACAAAGCCUUCGAUAGAAACAGGCUCUCGGGAUUCCUGUAUAACAUCUCCAUGUAUUUGCAAGAGAUGAGCGCAGAUUUAGAUGACCGGCAGCAACCUUUUGGUGAUGACCAGUUUUGGGAGAACCUGCUCUACUCUCUUCUUCAGACCGGAAGGGAAACGUCGCUCGGAUUAUGGGAUGGGAAGAGUCCUCCACGACCUACUUUCAGGCUUCAGGAUCUGUUUCUGUCGCUCCGGGGCAGCCCACAUUGGGAUGGACUUCUGGGGUUGGUGCAAAGCAUUUUAACCCUCACUGAACGCCAGCCCCAAAAACCCAUCUUGACUUUCAUUUCCCAGAACUGGAAGACUAUCAGUGCUUUACUCGAAACUGUUCUUCAAGCUCUAGUCAGUGGGACGUACGGCCAGGCCGUCGCAGGUCUACAGGGUUUCAUCUGUGUCCUUAAAGGACGAAAUGAUUGUGCCUUCAACCUGAGCUGGCUUGAGCAGCUCAUCAGCUUUAUGGAGACCAGGAACUGGAAACCUGUGGUCAGUCUGCACCCUGUGAGUGUGGAAAACAAUCAAAGAGAUGCCGCACUCUCUACGGGACGUUUUAAACCCUUCCUCGUGCCUCCGGAGGUGCUUCGUGAGGAACAGCUCUUGUUGAACCAAUCAGGCACUGAUUCGGAGAACCUUGCUUCAAUGCAGGCUCUGCUUCUUCAGGCUUUAUCGAGGUCAAGCGCAGGAGAAAGGGCAGUACAGUUCGCAGAGCGUAAUCCUGCCCUCCUGCAGGGCUUGGAUAACCUCAGACAUGGAUUUCUGCACAAUGUCGGCCGCAGCGUGUAUGGUAAUCUGAGAAGAAAAGUGUCACAUAUGACCAAGGCACUGCUGGAUGACGUCAGCAGCAUGGUGGGCGAACCACAGUACAGUCACCAUGGAAGAUGUUCUGUAGGUGACCUCAGGCAGUUAAUAUUGUGGGGAAUUAGACAUAACUUGACAUGGAACACUCAAGCGAUGGGUUUCAGGUCAGAUGGUUUACCCAGCAGGCCAUCUUUGAUGACCUGCCCCUCUACAGAGGAGGAAACAAGGACUUUGAAACCUCAGCACUCAUCUAGAAGACCUAAACUUCACCAGUCCCAGGCAAAAGUCCAUGAGCUGAGUGAUUCAGACCCCUCACCCUCAGCAGAGAUUCUGGAAGCUGCCUGUAAUGCCUCUAUCCCUGGACUCACUGGUGUCUCGAAUUUUACUGUCUUUCUCUACUGUAAUCUUUUCGAUGGAGAGAAUGGCUCACAGGACCCUGAAGUCAACCAUUUUGGGGUAGACCUGCACGUGACCUGCUCCGACGCUGCUUGGUACCUCUCAGCAGCAGAGGAAGAUUUUCUUUGGGUUCACGUUUGCAGUGAAUUCUUCGCUCACGAGUUUAACAAAACAGUGUGUGCCAACUCUACAUUCUGGCUGCAACAUGCACAUCAGGCAGAAGCUACAAGAGAUUACCAGUACCUCAACCAAUCAAGUAUUGAUGACCUCUGUCUUCAACUCUCCAACGAUGUUUCUGGGGGAUCUCCUCCAGACGCCACUGAGGACUGCUUAACACUGCUAAGCAGCAAAACUCUAACCGCCCAGGAUUUUAGAAGGUGUUUUCUGCCCAAUAACACAGCCCUUAUUGCCUCUUUGUGCGGAAAUGAUUCGUCUCAAAUACCUCAAGAUGGGAGCUGGGCAGCCGAGUACUGCUCCAAAGUCAUCCCUAAUCACUCUCAUGGGGCCUCCAAAGACAACUGUGAUUACUCGAACUGGAAGGCAGAACAUUUUAUGAACACCACCGCCCUUGAGAUUUGCAGCAGUAAAGCAGGUUUGAAGGACUAUAUUUGCAAAAACGCCACACUGUACCUCACAUUGGUUCAAAAGCAACCAUCGCUCUUAGACUACUGUUUGAACUCUGAAGAGAAGCAGGGCACCAAGUGUGUCCUCCAGAAGCUGUUUGACAUGCUGCCAGCGCCGUAUGACUUCGACACGUCUCAACUUUGUGUGAACCCCUUGCCCAUUCUACAAGACGCUAUUCAUAAGCUCACUCUGUGUGAAGGAGUAGUGGAUGAACGCACGGGAUGGUUAGCUACGGUGAGCUACGUGCUUCGAGUGUUGGACUUUGUGGUGGGGCUCUCAGCAGGUUUGGAGGAGGGACAACGAGAGGUGCGUCAGAGCCUGGGUCAGGCCAUUCUUCUGUCCAGUCUCCAGGACAAUGCUUCCUUCUGGGCCACUCUACGGCCCGAUGCAUCAAUAAGUGUCCUUCACACUGUGGGCAUCUUCCUGAAGAGAGAGCAGAACUCCACCUUAAAAGAAGACCUUUUAAGCUGUUUCAGUCCUGUCCUGUGGGAUCUCAUUCAGAGGGAGGGCAACUCUUCUGCUUUAAGAUUUUUAAUGCAGGAGUACCUACAGAUGCCUACAGAGAGUAUUCGCAGUGUAGUUAUGUCGGCGGAAAAAGAUGCUGUCAAAAGAUUCCUUUCCCAUGUUCAUCAGAGUUGGGAUCAACUUCAAGUGGAAACUAUACAGGUCUCUCCAAAAGAACAAGAGGCCAUGGAAACCAUGACAGCUGCUUUCAUUCACAAGUUUCCACGCGUCACACCAGAGAUUUUCAUCGACCUCUCCCAGUUUAUACCGUACAUGUCUGUCUCAGACAUUAUGACCUUCCCUGCCUCCCUCAUGGUCAAUGAAAGUGUACUGCUGGCCAUUAGUGAUCACAGCUCUGAGAUGAAGUCUCCACAAAAACAAGCCUUCAUAAAACGCCUGUUACAGUCCAGCGUAGCUGGAGAUGUGCCUUCGUGGCCUCCAUACUUCCUCAGCUCCAUUCUGCCUCUACUUCCACAUCUCCCAGUCAGUCACUUUCAGCAGCUCACAUCUCAACAACUCACGCCCUUAAUGGAGAUGCUGGGAAACAGCAGUCUGGAUGCCACAAGGGGGCGCCAUGUACUACGUACUGUGUUCGGCAGAGGGAAGAACCUGACCAGUGACAACAUAACGAAGUUAGGAGUUCUCAUAUGUUACCUGAACUCUGAGGACAUACAACAGCUGUUGUCUUCAUCGAAUCUCUCACCUGUCCUGUGGCAGCAGCUGGCACAAUGUGUAUCAGAGGGACACAUCAGUGGAAGUGGCAGAGUGAGCCUUGAUUUUUUGGAUAUUGUGCAUCGUGUAAUAAUAUUAAGUGUUAUUCAUGAAGAGUUCUUUUAUCUGCAGCUGUCACAUUGGCUUGGGACGGCCCUUAAAUUUUUAAAUGCCAGUGUCUUGUCAACUUCGGCAAUGGCCUCAUUACAUGGUAUGCUGCCACAAAUGGGUGCUUCAUUUUUGGAGCCGCUGUCCUCAAACGAGUUGUUGGAUCUGGUAACUCUGCCGGAUAUGCCAACUUUCCCACCUGCUCAGGCAUUCCAGAUACUGAACAAAAUAGCAGAUGAAACACAUUUCAGUGCCAACACACUCUGCAGACUGAAGCCAUUGUUUCCGGGUCUGGGGCCUUCUUUCUUGAGAAAGUUGGCUGUACUUGAAUCUACACCUGAUUGUCGGUGUUGGAGUUUAAUGCUGGCUCACCUGCAACCUGCUCAUCGAGCGAUUGUCCAUUUCGCACUCCAACAGGCUCUGGAAGGCACAUCUGCAAAUAUAACACAGCAGUUGCAAUGUCUUCUACCAUUCUUCUCCUUGAGGAAAUUAAUGUCAGAUCUAGAUGGCGAGACGGUCCUUUGUCACAUAUCUGUGUAUAAGCAUAUGCCAUGGUCUCACCAACAGGCUCAAAUGCUGUUCAAAAUGAUUCAGCGGACCGUAAACAUCACAAGAGAGUCAAUACUAGAUUUGGGUCGCAUUGCUGGUGGCAUGAGCUGUGAAUGGCUGAAGCUUUGGGCAAAUGAGUCAGGAUUUUCUGAAUUGUUGCAAUUCAUCACUAAGUUGCCAGGAGGACUUAGACCUGGAUUGAGGAAAUGCAUUGUGGUGGAGCUACGGAAACGGCCUGAUGUUGAUCUAAAUGAUCUGGACCCCUCAUUUACUGCAAGAUUACCGCUGACCAUGAUGGAGCACCUGUCUAACUCCUCACUCGUUAGUGUCCUGGACCAUGUUCGACAACACUUUAUUGACUUUCUCCAGCUUCCACGACACAAGCAAACGGCCCUAGCAGAGAAAGCUGUCAAUGUACUCGGCAUCUCUGAAAAUGGCCUCAUCGGGGCCUCCAUGGAUAUGCUUGGUCCUUUUCUGCCCUUCCUGGACAGGGAUGUGUUAGCUCACAUGGACCGAGAGGCUCUGAAACUGCGACUGGAGGAACUGAAACAAUAUUGCCUGCCCUCUGACACCUUCAGACAAAUAGCAGCUUUGCUCACAGACAGAAGCAUGCUGGGAGAUCCAAAAACAUGGACGGUUGGGGAUGUUGAGCAUGUGGGUAGACUUCUGUUCACCCUUUCGCCUCAGCAGAUAAGAUCUCUGCCACUGGGUGAUUUAGGUAAAGACACAGUUGAGCAGGUCCUGAUGAGCCAGUGGCUUUGGAAAAGCAGCGAAUUGGGAAAGGCUUGUUUGGACCUGAAAGGACUACGAGAAAAGAUGAACGGUCUCACCCACAGGAUCGUUAAAGGUCGAUGGUGGAUGAGAAGGGGGCCCAUUCCAAGCUGUGCAGACAUUAAAGGGACAUUUCCAUCAGCCUGGAGGUCCUAUCAGCUGAAUCGAAUGAAGAGGAAGGAGCUGAAGACAUGUGUUGAGUUCAUCGGUCAGGAUGACACACUUGACGCCGAGCAACGUGAAGCACUUUGGAUGGAACUCAGACCAGUGUAUAAACCAGUGAAGCAACUUAAACCAGAACAGGUGUUGGAACUGGGUUGUAUAGUGACAGAGAUGGGAGAAAGAGAGCUACAGGCUGUCAACUUGUCCAGUCUGGCUGUGGUGGCUCAUCUCGGGGACCUCAAUGGGUGGAACGUAAAGAAAAUGAGAGCGGUUGUCCUUGGUAUAAUGAAGAGACUUAAACAAAAGCCUGAAGAACUUGGUGUGGUGGAGCUUGUUUCCUUUGGACAUCUGCUCUGUGGCUUCAGUUCCUCUGAAAUUUCUCGUCUAGACCCGUUCAACCUGAGUGUGGCUGCUUUGUUUCUGGGGGAGAUGGUACUGCCGUGUUCUGAGCAGCAGACCGAGGCGCUGACGUCACGCCUAUCCAGUCCUCUGGGCUUUGGUCCAGUCAGCGGCUGGGGCUCUGAGGUCUUCACUGAGAUUGGGACUUUGGCAGCUGGACUGGAGGAUAUGAUAUUGUCUGCACUAAUAAAAGAGCAAGUGGAAGGACUUACACCAGCAGCAAUAACCCUGAUACCUCCAAGAAAAUUCGCUGUGGUAUUCAGUGCCACGCAGCUGUCUUGGCUGAGCUCUGAACAAGCGUGUGCCGUGACAGAGGAGCAGUGGGCGGAAUUAGACAAUGAACAAAGACAAGCACUUGGCAUGGCCCAAUAUGAAGGCGAAUUAAUGCUUGAGCACAGAGGCAGGAACCAGGCUCCAUCGUUAUGGUUUGCCGGCAGCUCCAGAAAAUGUUUAUUACUUUUUGUCUGUACAUUGUGGAUACUGUUAUAAAGAUUAUAACCUGAG